AUGUAUGGCCACGGCGCUCGGCCUGCUGAGAGAAGACCUUCCCCGACGGCAGUGACAAUUUACCCGACAUCAAUCGUCGACGGCAAGCUCGAGAACUGCGCCUCCAAAGUCGCCCAGAUUCGCCUCUCGCGGCGCGCUGAGUUAGUAUCGCCGCUCUACCAGUACUGGGGCUACGCCUGGGUGUACGCGGCCACCAUCGCCAACGCCACCUUCGCCGUGCGCGACACCGGCAAGUCAGCGUACGAGCUCAAGACCGGGCAGCGCCCCAAGAUGAACAUGUUCUACCCGUGGGCGUGCAAGAUGAUCGUCAAGUCGCCCCCCCACCUUGUGGCGAACGGUGUCUCACCCACGGGCGAGAUGGCGGCCUUCCUCGGCAUCUCGCGCACUUCGCCCGGCUGGAAGUACGUCAUCACCGAGGGUCCGCGCAAGGGGCACAUCGGCACCACCACGCAGGCGACAUUCUGCGUCAACGAGCUCUGGAACGGCAUCGAGUACCGUGCUCCUACCUCCGACCUCACCCCGACGGACAUCGAGGGCGCGUGGCCGGAGCUUGUGACCGCGGACGAGAUGCCCGACGAGUCGGACAAGGCUACGCUCGACAACAACGUAACCCGCGGCGACUCCGUCUUCCUCCCCACCACCGACAACCACGCCGGGGGGCUGACCCUCGACGAGGAGGUGGUGAUCAUGCCAGACCCGGCCAACGACGGCAACGUCAACCCGCCCGCAGCGGGUGCGCCUGCGCCGCGCACCACCCGCAGCCGCGGCGGCGUCUCGGCGGGCGAGUACAACAACAUGCUCAACGCCCGCCUCGCCGCCAAUGCCACGCCCUUCGGCAUCUGGGCGGCUGCGGCGGCCGCAUCCCCAUCGUCGUCAGUCUACCGCAACACCACGGACCAGUGCGUCGCGUACAUGUCGAGCGUGGACGGCCAGAUCAUGCCCAUGCCGGACAACAUCGUGCCCAAGCACUACAAGGACAUCGCCAACAUCCGCGACCCCAAGCUGCGCGACACGUGGGACUGCACCUGCGCAGUUUCGUACCGCUGCGGCGCGGUUUUGCAAAAACCGUUCUGCAGCGGCGCGGCCUUGGAACAGCUUGUGAGUGGUCACUGA